AUGCAGAGACACGUUUUUGCGAGGAAUUUCAGACGUCUUUCCUUAUUGAGGAACCCUUCCCUUACCAAAAGGUUUCAGUCGUCAGCAUCCGGUGCGGCCAACACCCCUAACAAUAACGAUGAGGUGAUGCUGUUGCAACAGAAACUUUUGUAUGAUGAAAUUAGAUCAGAAUUGAAGUCUCUAUCUCAGGUACCAGAAGAUGAAAUAUUACCUGAGUUGAAAAAGUCAUUAGAGCAAGACAAACUCUCUGACAAAGAACAGCAGCUGGAGGCUGAAUUGAGUGACUUUUUCAGAAAUUAUGCUCUGUUGAACAAGUUGUUUGACAGCAAGACAUUAGAUGGACAAUCUUCUACAACGACAGCAGCAGCCACGCCAACCAAGCCUUACCCUAACCUUAUACCUUCGGCCAAUGACAAACCAUAUUCCUCUCAAGAACUUUUCUUGCGUCAACUAAACCAUUCCAUGCGUACCGCUAAAUUGGGUGCCACUAUUUCGAAGGUUUACUAUCCUCAUAAGGACAUUUUCUAUCCGCCCCUCCCAGAAAACAUUACUGUUGAGAGCUUAAUGUCUGCUGGUGUUCACUUGGGCCAGUCUACCUCACUUUGGAGGUCUUCCACACAAUCCUACAUAUACGGUGAAUAUAAAGGUAUUCACAUAAUAGAUCUAAACCAAACUUUGUCCUAUUUGAAGAGAGCCGCCAAGGUAGUAGAGGGCGUUUCGGAAUCCGGUGGCAUUAUCCUAUUUCUGGGUACAAGACAAGGCCAGAAAAGAGGGCUCGAGGAAGCUGCUAAGAAGACACAUGGUUAUUAUGUGUCUACCAGAUGGAUCCCGGGUACUUUGACGAAUUCUACAGAAAUUUCAGGUAUCUGGGAGAAGCAGGAAAUCGACUCUAAUGACAAUCCCACCGAAAGAGCGUUAUCACCGAAUGAAACAUCAAAGCAGGUUAAGCCUGACUUGCUGGUCGUAUUAAAUCCCACAGAAAAUAGAAACGCUUUGUUAGAAGCAAUUAAAUCAAGGGUCCCAACUAUCGCAAUCAUCGAUACUGACUCCGAACCUUCUUUGGUGACCUACCCUAUCCCAGGUAACGAUGAUUCAUUGAGAUCUGUCAAUUUCUUACUAGGAGUCUUGGCGAGAGCUGGCCAAAGAGGCUUGCAAAAUCGCUUGGCCAGAAAUAACGAAAAAUGA